AAAUUACACGAAAUCGUGAAACGAUUUUUGAAGAGCAAGAAAGGAGGUUCGGCAAUCGUCGUUGGACCAAAAUCGUCUGGUAAACGUUCCGUUAUCCGAAAGGUUUUAUUAGAUUAUACGGAUGAUUUGGAAGUGGUAUUCAUUGAUGGCUUAAUCCAGACAACUGAUGCUGAUGCACUAAAAGUUCUCGAUCUUUCCGAAUCCGAUGUGGUACGCUUCAUUCAAUUGUAG